ACUGCAGGCUGGGGGUCCGUCGUUGUGUAACGCCAUGGUUUGGUCCGCUGCCAUGGUUACGCGUCAGACGAAACAUAAGGAGACUGUGGCUGUAGGCUAGCUUGAUUAGCAAUGCUAACUCAACACCCUUGACUUCUUAAACCCAAAUGAGCGAGAAGAGAGAGUUAAGAGAAUCAGAGAACAAGACGCUCUCCAGCCCUGACGGACACCAGUUCAUCAACUCUCCUUUAUUAUUUUGGGGAUGUCCAGGCUUUGUCCACUCAUCCAGAGGACCUCAAUAAAGUAGCAUUUACUAUUAGCCACUGAAAGACCAUCAAAUCCCAGUGGUCAUGGCAUGUGAGGAUAAGAUUCAUCCACUGAAUGUGGACCCUGACUCUCAGCCUCUGGGCUGUUCAGGUGUUCGGUUUGAUGACAAAGGAAUGGUACUUCCACACAGCGUCCUUGGCAGUUUGGAUGAUUUCAGGAGUUAUCUGGAGGCCAAAGGGGACACAGAGUUUGUGAAGCGCAUACCGAAUUCUCCGAGCGAUCCUCCAUGUAGGAGGCAUCGCUGGGAGGCUGUGGAGAGUGGGUGUGAGGCCUCUUCAGACCAGAGAAACAUGCAGAGCAACGCCCUCCAGAACUGGCAUGCACACAUGAUGCAGCGCCGGCGACAGCAGUACUACUUAUCGGGUUUGCUCAACAAACCGGCCGAGACUUUAAUAAUGAACCAAACAAACCACUACAGAGAAAUUCAAGAGCAGAGAGAGUUUCUGAACCAAGUCAAGCCAUUCAUCCACUCUGGAUAUGGUUACCGUGUGGGUAGUGAGUUUUGGAGUGUACCCCAGCACUAUGGGGAUGAAAUGAGCGGCAUCUCGGCCACUCUGACUCGGACAGAGCAGGGCAGACGUGAACCUGUCACACAUGUAGGACAACCAAGCAGCAUCUGCCAGGAAUCAGGAGCUGGGACUCUGCGUCCAGGCUCUCGCCCUUGGGGGCAGGGCUCUUACCUCCAGCAACAGUACCAGGAGCUGGGGCAGUUUCUACAGGACACGGACAUGAAAAAGCCAGACAUCAGCGCACUGCAGGUGAUAGGCUCUGGCAAGCCAUUCACAUUUGUCACAGUGUGCCGUAGUCCCUUAGUGGAGAAGGAAGCGGAGAAGGAGCUGGAGCAAGAGGAGGAGGAGACAGAGAAGGAAGACAACCUGGACCCAGAGAAUGACGAGGCUCAGUCAGUUGUGCGCAUUCCUGCUCUGAGGUUCUGUGGUCAUCUCGCUCCCUGGACUGGAAACUCUGCCACAAGACAGGGAGAAGUGGGAAUCAGCACCACGAUAUUCUUUGAGGCGGUGACAGGAGAAAUCGUCACGUCGCAUCUGAAGAUGAACAACGAAGGCUCCACAGCCAUCUUCUAUAGCUGGCAGCGGCUUCCCCUGCCCCGCAGCUUUCAUAUUCUCCAAUCAAAAACAAAGCAGCUGCACUUCCUCUUCAAUUCCUCCUCUGGUGUGAUUCUCCCUGGUGACACCCUAUGUGUGGCCUUUAUAUUCAAGUCAGAGAAGCCAGGAAUAGAAACUGAAAUAUGGCAGCUCAACACUCACCCCAUGCUGCUUCAAGGAGCCUCAAUGCGGGUCACGUUGAGAGGAGUGUCUCUCUACCAGGACAAAACUGCAGAUCAAAGGCAUUUUAUCAAGACCAAGCUGGAGAAGACAGUGAUGGUCAAAGUGUGUAAGUCGAUUGUGUCUGACGUGCUGCGCGGCGUCCGCACGCCUGAGAGACCCAGCUCUCCUGCUGAGCUCUACAUCACUGAAGAGGAAAGGUUUCUUAACAAAAACCCCAAGUUGCAGUACCGUUAUCAGCCAGUGGAGGACCUGAAGAGACUGUGGCAAAAAGGGAAGCCAGAGCUCACCUGGGACCUUUCUGUUGAUUCUCUCCAGCAGGUUGUGCUGUCUCUGCCUGAACAAGAGUCCCCUCAGGACACCAUCAACAGAGAAAAGGGCUUGGCCCAGCUCAACUCUCUGCUCCUGGAGCUUUCCGAACCCUCGGAACUGAAACGCAGCCAUUUAUCAGCGGCAGUUAUAGGGCAGCAGCUGUGGGUGGGACUCCUGGACAGGAUGGCAGAUGAAGCCAUGUGGCUCAGAAGCCUGCUGGGCCUCCCAGAAAGAGAAACUGGGGUGGAUAAAAAGGAUGAAUCCUUGAUCUCUGAUGCCGAUUUGCCUGGUGACGCAAGCAAAGAUGAGAAGCAUGAGGAAAAGGGAGGAGCAGCCGCCAAAACAGCAAGGAGUGCGUCCAGAUCCAAAAUGAAAGAUGAUAACAAAGAAGAGUCCAAGUCACCAAUGACUGAAAAAUCAGUGGAGGAGGGCAAAAAGAGGGGGAAAAGAAGAGAUGACGCGGGGAAGCUCACCAAGGAAAAGCAAAGGAAAGAGUCCGUCUCGCUGACUGAUCCAGAGAGAAUCGAUCAGCCACUUCCCGAUGUGGAGCCAGAUAAGUUGGACAUUUACGCGAGGCUCUUGCACAAAAAGGUGUAUGCUUUGAUGGAAGACCUGGUGGACACUCUGUGUGACCUGAUGAAUGAGGGAGAUGAGGAGGCGGAGGACACUCGAGGAGGACACAUAGUAGGCACAGAGGAUCCACUGAAUAUUAUCAACCAACUCCAACCAAGUUUAUUUCAUUAAAAUAUGUCGCAGAGGAUUCCUGACCCUGUAUCUCUGUUUUCAUGUCUUAUUACUCUGCCAGUGAGGUUAUGUUUCCGGCCAUGAUUGUCUGUCCGUGAGCAGCAUAACUCCA